GCUCUUUACGUGCCAACACAGAAACUCCACUAACACUAUAGCCUCUUUGUCAAGGCAAACGAUUGAUGCCAAUGAAAAGUAGCGGCAUUCGAUUCACAGCAGUGUGACUGACAAGUUCGGAUUGGCGGACGUUAGCCCUCCCGUUCGCCCUCAUCAGUCAUACGUGUGUGACACGGCUGCUCAGUGAGAUCAAGAGACUCAUUCGAGUGUCCUCAUGGCUUCGUUUCACGCCUUGGACUAUGCGGUGCUGGUCCUUUCGUUGAUGCUGUCAUCUUUUAUCGGAAUGUUCUUCGCGUGGAAAGACAGACGCAAGCAGAACAAUGCCGAGUUUCUGUUGGGUUCGCGUCAAAUGGGAGUCGUUCCUGUGAGUUUGUCGCUGAUGGCCAGUUUCAUGUCCGCCAUCACAGUGCUCGCAUAUCCGGCCGAGGUCUACUCGCGAGGUGCCGCAAUUAGUGUUUCAGUAAUGAGCUCGAUGUUCGCGACCAUCUGCGCGGGCGAGUUGAUGGUACCGGUCUUCUAUAGACUGCGUCUCACCAGCAUGAACGACUAUCUCGAACGGAGAUUCCAGUCCAAAGCUUUGCGCAAAGGUGCAUCGGCCGCGUCCUUGUUCAGCGUUUUGAUCUUCCUCGGCGUGCAGCUGUAUGCUCCAGCUGUAGCGGUGGAAGCCGUGACGGGAUUGGCUGUCCCAGUCAGCAUGUUGGCCGUGGGAACGAUCUGCACCUUCUACACAACUAUCGGAGGUAUGAAAGCGGUCGUCUGGACAGACGUUGUCCAGAUGAGUCUCAUGUUCUUCGGACUCGUGAUGGUUUUCGCUAAGGCGGUUUACGACGUUGGGGGGCUCCCCGAAGUUUUCCGGAGGGCGAACGAAGCGGGACGACUGAAUGUUUUCAGGAUGAUGAUCAAUCCCUACGCGGCCGAUUCUUUCUGGAACUGUUUUGUCGGAAUGGGAGUUCUCUGGUUUUCUGCAAAUGGCAUGAAUCAAAUGCAGAUUCAGCGUUACUGCAGUUUGCCUACCGCGGCGAAAGCGCGCGUAGCUGUUUACCUGAAUAUGCUCGGAGUUGCUUCGACCAUUACCAUGGCCUUCGGUGCUGGCCUUUCCGUCUACGCUUAUUACCAUGGAUGCGAUCCUAUUGGACGCGGCUUUAUCAAAAGUGCAGAUCAGCUGAUGCCUUACUUCGUUCUCGAGCGAUUGAACCUGCCGGGAAUCCCAGGACUAUUCGUCUCAGCCGUAUUCGCGGGAUCUCUCAGUAGUCUGUCGUCGGGUUUCAAUUCGAUGUCCGCAUGCAUAUACGAAGAUUUCCUGGCUCCCUAUCUGCCAAAGAACUUCGCCGACAACAGGGCGACUCUGGUGACCAGGCUCAUCGCUUUGACAAUCGGAGUCAUCACGAUAGGCUUUGGUUUCCUCAGCGCUUACGUCGGGAACAUCCUCCACGCUGCACUUGGAAUAUCGGCAGCUAUCAUCGGUCCGACUUGCGGAGUUUUCCUCUGCGGUGUCACCUUGCCUUUCGUGAACACACCGGGCGCAAUCGCUGGUUUCACCGUAUCGCUCACUAUCUGUGCGUGGAGCGCGGUAGGGAAACUGCUGUAUCCGGCAGUGAUGACCCAAUUACCUCUUGUGGUUCAGUUCUGUAAUGCCUCGCUCCCGGAUCUAGCCGUCUCCACGGUCGACUACCGGACGACAGUUUUCUACGCGAAACCCGUACUCCGCACUAUCCAGCCCAGCGGAAUCCUCCAACUGUAUCAAAUUCACCCGUACGUCAUACCGGCGAUGAGCUUAGCGAUCUGUGUUAGUGUUGCGGUACUGGUCAGCAUAUUCACAGGUGGCAACAGGACCACGAAAAUUGACCCCGAGUUAUUCAACUACACCUGCUACGAGAAAUUCUCGUGGAAUCCACCGAAAGCACUGGACGUCCUCUCUUGGUUCGAUCUGGGGUCGGACGACGAUGCAAAAGAGAGUCGUGUCGAGGACAUACCUCUUAAAACGCAGAUUCGGAGCUGAUAGCUCCUCGGAUACAAUCAAUGAUCUCAUGUAAUAUCGGACCUCUCAAGCAGUCGGAUCCGCUCGAUCCGAUUCCUGAAAUGAGUUACCGAAUCACUCGCUCGAGAAUUAUUAAACC